AUGUUCACAGAAGACCGUGUUGAUGCUGUGCUUUCGAUGAACGAGAGUGAUUCCUAUUACCAAGGCAUUCUUUCUUCUUUGAAAAGCACGGCAGAUGAGGCGGUGGAAUCUUCUAUCUCCCUUACAUCUGCUUCGAGCUGGUCGAGCACCAUUCGCAUGGAUGUCGGUGCCGUGGCAGGCACAUAUCUUCUGACCAAAAAUGAGACCUACUCGGAUUGGGUUGCUGAUACUAUCCUGGUCAUCGCCGGUCUCUCUGAUUGGGAACCAUCAUCCGAUUACUUGAACACAGCAGAUAUGGCCAUGACGAUAUCGAUUGGAUACGAUUGGGUUUAUGACACACUCACCGCCGCUCAACGACUCACACUCGAGACGGCCAUUAUCGACUUGGCUUUUGUCCCAGCCUUGAACUCCUCCAUCAACUCAUGGAGUGAACAUACCAACAAUUGGGCUCAAGUAACCAACGGUUGCUUGAUCCUGGCCACCUUGGCGAUCGGAGACACGAACACCACAAUCGCAGAUGAGAUACUUGACUUCACCUUCCCAAAGCUGAAUGUCUCUUUGGCACAGUACGCCCCGGAUGGUGGCUGGAUCGAGGGAUACUCAUAUGGCACCUACGCCGGGAUCUUCCUAGCCUUGAUGAUGGGAUCUCUUGACAGCGCUGUGGGUAAUGACCUUGGUAUCUCCAGCCUACCAGGCAUGAGCAAUCUCGGUGCAUGGCUCACCCAUGGAUUCGGGAAUACCGGAGGGUUUAGUUGGGCUGACGGAGCCUGGACAUUUUCCAAUGCCAACAGUCUCUGGAGUGUGGGAUACUGGGCACAGAAGUUCAACACCCCAGAGUGGUUACAAGGCAUGCUGUCUCGAUUUGACACAGCAGAAGCAGCCACAUUCCAAGCCUUUCUCUUUUACAACUCAACUCUGAUGACCCCUGAUGUCCUCUCAACCAUGCCUCGGUACGAUGAGUUCACCAAUGUUGCCGGUAUGACUUACCGUACAUCCUGGGAAGAUUCCGAUGGAUGGUUCUUCGGAUUCAUGGGUGGAUUUAAUGGACGCUCUCACGGCCACCUUGACGCUGGCUCAUUUGUCAUUGACUACAAAGGUUAUCGAUGGGCAGAGCUCCUUGGUUCUGAUAGCUAUAGUCUCCCUGACUAUUUCGACGCUCCUCAACGCUGGACAUAUUACCGCUGCAGGAGUGAAGGUGCAAAUACCCUCAGCAUAUCCAAGGAAGUUCAGACUGCCUUGCAUUUUGCAAACCAGAUUCCCUCGUCCAACAACUCAUUGCGAUGGGUGGGAAGUUUUGACAGCUCCAGCCGGUUUGGAGUUGCCAAUUUGACAGAAGCAUACUCGAAUGUCACUACCAGUGUACUUCGAGGCGUGGCCUUCCUGAAUGAUUCGCAAAUUCUGAUUCGAGAUGAGGUUCGUGCAUCCUCCGCAGUUGACAUUGCAACAAGUUGGCACACAACUGCUACUGUGAGCAUUGCAAGUGACAAUCAGAGUGCUACUUUGACGCAGGAUGAUGUGACUAUGGACGUCACUCUGUUGUCUCCAUCCAAUGGAUAUCUACAACUUGUGAAUACAAACCCAUGCGAUGCUUACAGCCCUUGUUCAGAAGCCACAAAUAGUGGUAUCUACAAUCUUGUAGUCAGACUUGAUGAUCUGACCACAGAAGCGGAUAUUAUUCUGGCCAUUACUGCGAGUGGUAAAGAGGUUUACUCAUUUAAUCUCGCGUUAGAUGAAUGGUAUUCUGCAUGUACGGAGAGUUGUUGGGAGUCUGCCAAUGUUGAAGAUCCUUACUGGCUAAGCAGCUCGGAAACAUACUUUUGA